GAAAAAAUGACGCGAGAGCGAAAUCAAAGUUUGCCUAAUCCUGCUCUUGAAUCCCUAUAUAAUCUUACUAACUUAUCUCAAUUUCACGAAACCCAUGCAUCCCUAUUUUCUCAAAAUAUCCCGGAUUUGUUUUUUUAUCCAUCCUUCCUCGAUAUCCCACAAAAUCCUGGAAUUUUCUCUUGCAAACCUAUAGAUCCACUUUAUCAAUCUUAAUUCACCAAACGCCCAUAUCAUUUUUUAUUCUGUUAGGCAUUUUAAUUCUCGGUAUUUCUUAACGCAAUAUCCCCUUAUUUCACAAAAUCCCCUGAUAUCCUUCAAAAUUACUAUGCUUUUAAUUAUUCACACCUCUCAAAACAGACAAUGAUAUUCAUCCGGUUGACGUUCUCCUUCAUCCAUAUCUUUUACCACUCUUCAAAUCAUAGAUAGCUUUCUUAUUCACCAAAAGCCCUUAAUUUCCUUUUUGAUUAAUUGUUAAUACUCUUAAUCCCUUUAAAUCCUUCUAACUAAUCAAAUCCCACUAUAUAAAUUUUAAUUCUAUCAAAUCCAUGAUAUCCCUAUUACCCUAAAUCUCCUCAUGCUAAUUCCCUUAUACCUUUAUAAAGCUUAUACGCCCAAUCGUUAAAAGCAAUUUUAAUCUUCAUAAUCCUUAUAUCAGUCUUAAUCUCCUAUUUCCACUUUUCACUCUUAAAGAUUAUUUAAUCCCUCAAAACCCCUCUAUUCCAGCUUUAACCUCACCAUGCCCCCGUUAUCCU